GCAAGAUAUGCUAACACUUCAAAUUAUUCGUAUUAUGGAAAAUAUCUUGCAAAAUCAAGGUCUUGAUCUUCGAAUGUUACCUUAUGGUUGUCUGUCAAUCGGUGACUGUGUGGGACUUGAGGUGGUGUGAAAUUCUCACACUAUUAUGCAAAUUCAGUGCAAAGGCGGCUUGGAAGGUGCACUGCAGUUCAACAGCCACACACUACAUCAGUGGCUCAAAGACAAGAACAAAAGAGAAAUAUAUGAUGCAGCCAUUGACCUGUUUACACGUUCAUGUGCUGGAUAUUGUGUAGCUACCUUCAUUUCGGGAAUUGGAGAUCGUCACAAUAGUAACAUCAUGGUGAAAGACGAUGGACAACUGUUUCAUAUAGAUUUUGGACACUUUUUGGAUCACAAGAAGAAAAAAUUUGGUUAUAAACGAGAACGUGUGCCAUUUGUUUUGACACAGGAUUUCUUAAUAGUGAUUAGUAAAGGAGCCCAAGAAUGCACAAAGACAAGAGAAUUUGAGAGGUUUCAGGAGAUGUGUUACAAGGCUUAUCUAGCUAUUCGACAGCAUGCCAAUCUCUUCAUAAAUCUUUUCUCAGUGAUGCUUGGCUCUGGAAUGCCAGAACUACAAUCUUGUGAUGACAUUGCAUACAUUCGAAAGACCCUAGUCUUAGAUAAAACUGAGCAAGAGGCUUUGGAGUAUUUCAUAAAACAAAUGAAUGAUGCACAUCAUGGUGGCUGGACAACAAAAAUGGAUUGGAUCUUCCACACAAUUAAACAGUAUGCAUUGAAUUGAAAAGAUAACUGAGAAAAUGAAAGCUCACUCUGUGGAUUCCACACUGCACUGUUAAUAACUGUCAGCAGGAAAAGACCGUUUGCAUAGGAAUUGCACAAUCCAUGAACAGCAUUAGAAUUUACAGCAAGAACAGAAAUAAAAUACUAUAUAAUUUAAAUAAUGUAAAUGCAAACAGGGUUUGGUAGCACUUAAACUAGUUCAUUUCAAAAU